AUCGUAUUUUCUCAGUAUGCGGUUGCAAUGGCUCGGUUAUUCAUUCUUUCCGCGUUAAUCAUUGGGCUGAUGUUGGGUUCAGGGACUUCAGGGAAUUCCAGUGAAAAUCCUGAGGUGACAUUUACCCUGGGGAAGGCCAAGGGCUCGUUCUUCGAGUCUCGAUUGGGAAAAAGGAUUUACGCCUUUCGGGGACUCAGGUAUGCUGAGGCACCGAUCGGACAUCUCCGAUUUAACCUCGCAGUGCCAGCUAAACCUUGGACGAACGUCUUCGAUGCCUCGGAGGAGGGGCCAUCCUGCCCAAGAACAGGCGGACAAAACAAGAGCGAUGACUGUCUUCGCUUGAACGUCUACACCACCAAACUAGGAGCUGAAACAAAAAGACCAGUUAUAGUAUUCUUCCAUCCAGGUGCUUUCGUCGGGUUCUCCGGCCAGAGUUACGUGUUCGGACCUCAAUAUUUACUAGAUGAAGAUGUUGUUUUAGUCACCGUAAAUUACCGCCUCGGUGCAAUCGGUUUCACGGCUACCGGCGAUGCUCUAGCCCCUGGCAAUUUGGGACUGAAGGAUCAGGUCGAGGCCCUCCGGUGGGUCCAGAGGAACAUCUGCCCCUUCGGUGGUGAUCCAAACUCAGUGACAAUCGUUGGGUACAGCGCCGGUGCCUGGAGCACAGCCCUCCACAUGCUAUCACCAAUGUCCAAAGGUCUUUUUCACCGUGUGGUGUCCAUGAGUGGUGCACCAACCAAACCAGCGCCCAUGCCUCACGAGCAGAUAGAAAUAGCUAAGAAACAGGCGACCCUGGUUGGCUGUCCCAAUGACACCACGAAGAGAAUGCUAUCGUGCAUGGAGAAUGUCCCGCAUGAGAAAAUGGUCUCGACUUUUGGGGAAUUCAUGGAAUGGCAUGACAGUCCCAUUCGCGUCUGGGGUCCAGUGGUCGAACCUGAUAUUCCUGGAGUUGAGAGGUUCAUCGUGGGACAGCCCGAUGAAUUAAUCAGACAGGGGAAAUUCCACAAAGUGCCCUUCAUGGCUGGAACCACCAGGGAUGAAUUCGCUAGUCUAGCUAGAUUACCAGUUGUUGAAGCGAGGAAAGGCAACAAUUCUAUAUUCGAUGAUCUAAAUGAAAACUGGGACCACAUCGCUCCAAUCAUCUUCAGUUACGAGAGGAAUACUACAAAGUCCAAAGAGAUCAGCAGACAGUUGAGGGAUUUUUACUUCAAGGGAGAGAAAAUCGGCCUGGGUAAUUGGGAAAAAUUGGGACAGUUGUAUGCUGACUCGAUUGUGAAAUUCCCAGUGCAUCGGAUGGUGAAUCUCGUUGCUGCGAACUCGGAUCAACCGGUUUAUUACUACCAUUUUGUGUACCAAGGACGAAAGAGCUAUUACGUUUGGCCAGACACUAGGAAGCCUAUGGGUGUUGGUCAUCACGACGAGCUCAUGUACCUCUUCUUCAUGAAGGUCUUCUUCCCUUUCUUGGAAAGUGACGCCCCAGAAAUUCCCACGGUUGAGCACCUGACCGCCAUGUGGGCGAGUUUUGCGAAAACGGGGAAUCCCAUUCCACGGGACAAUCCAUUAUUCAAAGGGAUCACGUGGGACGGAUUCACACCUGAAAACAAAAAAUACCUAGAAAUAAAUAAUACACUCACGAUGAAGAGGGACGUCAAUGGCGCGAGGAUGGAAGCCUUUGACAGGAUUUUCCCUCUAGCUCCUCUGGAGUCGAAGGAUUGAGUCAUCACAGGUAGAGAUCAACAUAAAAACUCAAUCCUCUGUGAAAAAAUAAAAACGUAAAAUAAUUAUAAUCAUGUAGUUGUUUGUACAAUUAAUUGAGAUAUUAUCACAGAAAUGUUGCACUUCA